UCCCCAAACCCGCCUGGCUGCGCAUGCCCACGCGGCAUGGGCUCCGCGCUGGGCGGGGCGGAGCCUCGGGAGCCUAAAUCGCCCAAUAGCCGGCGAGCGGGGCGAGCUGAAGGCGGAGCCACAGGCGGACAUGCAGGCGGCGGGCGCCGGCACGCUGGACGCUGCGGCCAGUGGCGCUAACUGUGCAGCUCGUGCUUCAGAAGACCUGGGUCUGGACCAAGACCCCGCGCCCGAUGCCAGCGGCCUCGAGAGCCGACCACACAUACUUGCUCUCAGCAUACCAUUCCCGACGCCUUUGGACGCACGAAUCGCCCUGGGCUCCCUGGCUCCAGAUGCUGAACCGCACCCGGAAGUGAUUGGGAAGGAGCUGACAGCGAGUGGCAGCACCUUGGACGUCCGCUGGACAGCCCAGGACAUGCGCCUACUCCGGGUUUCUGUCCUCAGCUUCCUCGAGCAGCUGUCCCUGGUGGUGCAGACCAUGCAGCGCUUCGGGCCCCCAGUGUCCCACUGAGCCUGAUGUGGCCCAGGUGGAGUGUGACGAAAGGACUGUGAUUGCGGAUGGGUAGAUUACUGAUGGUCGGCCUAUGAUCCCCAGCCGUGCUGAGUGCACGUGGUGUGGGGUGUGAAGGCUCGCCCCAGGAUGGUUCCCAUCAGCUGAGAGGCAGACGUGGAAAGGGAUGAUGAAUUUCUCCUGUUGGUCUGAGUUACGGGCUUGGUUUGAAUAAAAGGUGAUUGAGAUGAGUGAUGGGGCUGCAGUCCCAGAGGCUGUGGGCCCCCUGGUCCCAGA